GAUACCGGUGCAUAUACUAAAGGGGGAGGCAAGAAACUGGGACUCUGUUACAACGAGUAGACGGUCACCACCGAAAAUGACACUGAAUUACUCUGUCGUGUUCGAAUUUGAACGCCAGUAUGACGACCAUACCUUUUGGGAAUGGAUGAAGGAGAACUGGACACUCUGUUAUGUGUACUCAGCGGUGUACGUGGUGCUAAUUUUCGGUGGAAAAUGGGUGAUGGCCCGUCGACCGCGCUAUGACUUGCGACCCUACUUGGCUCUCUGGAGCGCAAUGCUAGCCAUAUUUAGUAUAUGCGGCACUUUGAGAAUGUGGACUGAGUUGAUUUAUUCCGUCACCAAUUACAGUUUGCAAUAUGCCAUGUGUGUGCCCAGCUAUUACACAAGGGAAGUAGCAGGCUUCUGGUCCUUCUUGUUUGUUGUCUCCAAGGUGGUGGAACUGGGCGACACUGUGUUUAUUGUGCUAAGGAAGACCCCCCUAAUCUUCUUGCAUUGGUACCAUCAUAUCACUGUCCUCAUCUACGUGUGGGCAACUUACACUGAGCAUGCUGCUUCUGGAAGAAUGUUCUGUACCAUGAAUUACACAGUUCACUCCUUCAUGUACACCUACUAUGCUCUGCGUGCCUUGCGCUACAACAUUCCAAAGUGGGUGAAUAUCAUGAUAACCUUGAUGCAGUUACUGCAGAUGGUGAUUGGUGUUGUCAUUAACAUUUGGGUAUACCAGAUCAAGUCCCGUGGUGAACCAUGUCAACAGAGCUGGGAUAACUUGAAGUAUGCAUUUCUAAUGUAUUUCAGUUACUUUGUGCUCUUCGCAAACUUCUUUUACAAUGCCUAUCUGAAGAAGCCUUUGCAUCACCAUGAACAGAAGAAGCAGCAUUGAGGACAGUGGAGCUUUAGAGCACUAGGAUUCUUGACUUCAUCAUAUUAACUUUGCCACUGUUACCAAAGCUGUGAUUAGAUGGUCUGCAGAAGCCAAUUACGUUUAGUUGAGAUACAUUGACACAAGUGUAAUCAGGGAGACCAAUCAUGACCUCUUUUCUUUUGCUAAUAUUGGUUUUCUGACCUUAUUUGCAAAGAAUAAUAUAUAAACUCGCCAUUCUUCACUUUCAUUAUGCAAAUUCAAUUUUUUUUUCUCACAUACACUGAUUAGUUGUAUAUGGCAAUAUUUUUUUUUGCUAUGGCAAGUCAGCUAUUCAGCAAAAGCAUUUUUAUAAAAAAGACCCAGUGGGGUCAUU